AUGGCACGCGAGCACUCCCGCCCAGCGGACAUGGAGAACUUCAUCGUCGGCCUCAUUGGCAUGGGCGAUAUGGGAAGGAUGUAUGCCCACAGGCUCUCUGCCGCGGGCUGGAGAAUCCUCGCCUGUGAUAGAGAUGAUGACGCAAAAAUCGAAGCCUUAAAGAAAGAAUUUGCAGGAAAUAACAACGUAGAGAUUUGCCGUAACGGCUCCCUCGUAUCCCGAGCAAGCGAUUACAUCCUGUACAACGUCGAGGCCGCGGCGAUAAACUCCGUGGUGGAGAUGUACGGCCAGUCAACCAAGGUCGGCGCCAUCGUCGGCGGCCAAACAUCAUGUAAAGACCCCGAAAUAGCCGCCUUCGAACGCUGGCUCCCCGCCGACGUCGACAUCAUAUCCUGUCACUCCCUCCACGGGCCGCAAGUCGAGCCCAAGGGCCAACCGCUCGUCAUAAUCAAGCACCGCGCCUCAGACGAAUCCCUGCACAAAGUCGAGGCCGUCCUCUCUUGCCUCGGCUCGAAAUACGUCUACCUGUCGGCGCACGACCACGACCUGAUCACGGCUAACACGCAGGCGGCGACCCACGCGGCGUUUUUGUCCAUGGGGAAAGCGUGGCAUGCUAACCGGCAGUUUCCCUGGGCGCUGUCGCGGUACGUGGGGGGCGUGGAGAACGUCAAGAUUAACAUCAUGUUGCGGAUCUACAGCCAGAAAUGGCACGUGUACGCAGGUCUCGCGAUCCUUAACCCGCAGGCUAAGAAGCAGAUUAGCCAGUACGCCGACUCUGUCACGGCGCUGUAUAAGCUCAUGCUAGAGGGCAACCACGAGAAGCUCCGCGAGCGCGUCUACGCCGCCAAGCAAAAGGUAUUCGGGCUCGAAGCUAGUCCCAAGUGGGAGAGGAAGCAGCUUCUUCGCCCGGAGCUCCUCGACCGCUUCUCUCUACGCGACGGCACCACAGGGGCAGGAUCUCCAGACGGCGCAGAAGUAGAAGAAGACGCCGCCCGUCCGAACAACCACCUCUCCCUCCUAGCCAUGGUCGACUGCUGGGCCAACCUCGGCAUCGUCCCCUACGACCACAUGCUCUGCUCGACGCCACUCUUCCGCAUCUGGCUGGGUGUCACUGAGCACCUCUUCCGGAACCAGGCCAUGCUCGACGAGGCGAUCCGCAUAGCUAUCGAGGACCGCACGUAUCGCUCGGACGACCUGGAGUUUACGUUUGCGGCGAGGGGUUGGGCCGAGUGUGUCUCCCUGGGCCAUUUCGAGACGUGGAGGGAUAGGUUUAUGUCGACUCAUAAGUUCUUUGAACCUAGGUUUAAGGAGGCGAGCGUUAUCGGUAACCAGAUGAUGAAGGCUGUGUUGGAGGACACGGGUGAUGAUUGA